AUGGCAAAGAAAUCCGUCAAGUUGGCUCCGUCUACGGCGGAUUCCACCACAGAACUCCCUUUGCAACCGGGCCCUGUCCGCAGAUACUUAUCGACGACGCUGGCGCCACAGACAAUGGCUAAUCGUCGUGUUUCCUCGGGCAAGGAGACGGGGCUCGUUGUGCUGUUGGCCUUGUUCAGCGCCGUGAUCCGGCUCCGCAGCCUCGACUUCCCCGACUCGGUGGUGUUUGACGAGGUGCAUUUCGGCGGAUUCGCGAGAAAAUACAUUCUGGGCCGCUUUUUCAUGGACGUCCAUCCUCCUCUGGCCAAGCUGUUAUUUGCGGCAGUGGGUGCGCUUGGGGGAUUUAAUGGCAAGUUCGAGUUCGCCGAAAUCGGCGACAAGUUCCCCGACGACGUGCCGUACGUCCUCAUGAGACAGCUGAGCGCCUUUCUGAGCGUCGGCACCGUGGUCCUCAUGUACUUGACUCUCAGAACCACCGGCUGCAAGCCGCUCGUGUCGUUCCUGACGUCUUCGUUGUUGGUGCUCGAGAGCGCCAAUGCCACCAUCUCGCGGUUUGUUCUGCUCGACUCGCCGCUGCUCUUCUUCAUUGCCGCCGCCGUCUACGCCAGCUCCAAGCUCAACAUCGAGACUCCGUUCACUCUCAACUGGUGGAAAUCCCUGGUGCUGGCCGGCGUCAGUCUGGGCCUCGCCUCGUCCUCCAAGUGGGUCGGCUUCUUCACCGUUGCGUGGGUGGGCGUCUGCUGCGCCAUCAAGUUCUGGUUCACCGUCGGAGACCUCACGCUGUCGGCCAAAAACAUCGCCUCUCAGACAGUCACCAAGCUGGUGGUGCUGCUUGGCCUCCCAGCCAUCAUCUACCUGGCCGCGUUUGCCGUCCAUCUCUCGUUGCUGCCCUACGAGGGCGACGGCGCCGCGUUCCUGUCGUCUGCGUUCAGAACCUCGUUCAAAGACACCACUGUCCCUAAAACCACCCUCGCAGACGUUGGUAUCGGCUCUGUCGUCACCCUGAGACACGUGAACACCAACGGCGGAUACCUGCACUCCCACAACCAUCUGUACGAGGGAGGCUCGGGCCAACAGCAGAUCACGCUGUAUCCGCACCUGGACGACAACAACAAGUGGCUUGUCGAGCUGUACAAUGCCACCGAGGAGCCAACUGCGUUCGAGCCGCUCAUCGACGGAACCAAGAUCAGACUGAAGCACGUGCUGACACACAGAAGACUGCACUCGCACGAUAUCCGUCCGUCUGUCUCUGAGAUCGACUGGCAGAACGAGGCCUCCUGCUACGGCUACGAGGGCUUUGAAGGCGACCCGAACGACGACUUCAUCGUCGAGAUCGUGAAAGACGAGUCUGUUGCCGGGAAAGCACAGGAGACCGUCAAGGCCAUUGACACCAUAUUCAGACUCAGACACGCCAUGACCGGCUGCUACCUGUUCUCGCACGAGACCAAGCUGCCCAAAUGGGGCUUCGAGCAGCAGGAGGUCACGUGCGCGGGCCAGGGCAUCAGGCCGCUGUCGUACUGGUACAUUGAGCAGAACGAGAACCGGUUCCUGGACCCCGACACCGCAGAGAAGGUCUCGUACAAGGAGCUCUCUUUCCUGCAAAAAAUGGCCGAGCUGCACAGCAGAAUGUGGAAGAUCAACAGGGGCCUCAAGGCGCCGCACGCGUUCGAGUCGAGACCGGAGUCGUGGCCGCUUCUGCAGCGCGGCAUCUCGUACUGGAAACAGGGCGACAGACAGGUGUACCUGCUUGGAAACCCUAUUGUGUGGUGGCUGUCGUCGUUCUUGUUUGUUCCGUUCGGCCUUUUCGUCGUCUUCCACGUUGUGAGAUGGCAGCUGGGCUACCCGCUUCCGGAAAGCCCUGUUGUUUUCAACUACUCUCUCAACACAUUGCAAUUUCUUCUUGGCUGGUUCAUUCACUACUAUCCUUCUUUCCUGAUGGACAGACAGCUGUUUCUGCACCACUACCUGCCUGCGCUCUACUUUGGCAUUCUGACGCUGGGCCAGUCGUUUGAGGUGAUCUACUCAGCCGUUCUGAAAAAGAGAAGAUCCGUGGCUAUUGUGCUGUUCCUUGCUGUCUUUGCAGGUGCGGCCCAUAUGUUUGUGAAGAGAUCGCCAAUUGUGUACGGCUUCGCGUGGACCAAGUCGGCCUGCGAGGCGGCCAAGAUGCUCAACUGGGACUUCGACUGCAAAAUCUACCCGGACGAGCUGCCGCAGACCGGGGGCCUAAGAGACGAGCUCUGA